ACUACAAGUAGCGGUCCGCCUCAUGGGCCAACAUUUACCGAGGUUUGACUACCCCUGAACUUCAGACAUUAACAUUAAGAUCUCUGAGAUCGUCCGUGGAGGCGUGCGGCUAGUAUAUGCGGGGAUUAAUAACAUAAUCUGUGUGCCUGGAUUCCCUAGAUUUGAGUGUAACAGGCUACUUGGGGAAGUCAUGUUCUGUCAUCUCUUUUAUUGGAUCAAGGCCGGCAUGGGACAAUAGAAAAAAUUUUAAUACUGAGAACUGAGAAGGAAGGUUCAAAGCAAUUUCGUCGUUUGGAUUAAUAAUUGAGCCACUUUGGUCUUCGUCUUCACGUUCUCGGAAGCCGGGGACCAAAUUGGGACGACGUUGUCCUUUGUUUAAUUUGUCCGAUUAUAUGAGUCUCCAAUUUUCCACAGAUAUAUGAAUACUCUAGCUCCAGUUUUUUCCUAACCAAACAUCUUAUAACUACUCUCAAAGUUUCUACUUGCUCUAGCACGAGCGAAUUAUCUUCACAAGAGUGAUACUUUGCUUAACUGUGGAGGUUCAAUUUGGAACCAAUGUCUAGCCCACAAGCACACAAUUCUGUACCGCCUGGAAUUCAAUUGAUGGCUACUGGAAAUGGAGAUCCAAUAGCAACAGCACAUUACGUCAUCAACAUUCGCUCAACACCUUCGGAUCUUUUUCUACAGAACGACAAUAGAGAGCUAUACCUUAAUACAUGUGUGCCACUCAAUAAGUAUGCACUAAAAGGCAAUUGGGAAGCUGCUGAACGAAUUUUGAGGAACGAUCCAAGGCUUUUGACUUAUAGCAUAACAAGAGGAUGGGACACUGUCCUUCACAUUGCAGCAGGGGCAAGACAUGUUCACUUUGUGGAGAAGCUGGUAGAAAUGAUGGAAGAAUUGAAUGGACAGGAGAAAUGUUCACAAGACUUGGCACUGCAAGACAUGAAUGGAAACACUGCCUUCAGCAUUGCUGCUGCAGCUGGAAGUAUUGAAAUUGCACAGAUUAUGAUGAAGAAGAAUAAGUAUUUGCCAGUAAUUCGAGGCGGUGAAGGAAUGACACCACUCUAUAUGGCCGCCUUGUUGGGGCAGUCUGUAAUGGCAGAUAACCUGUACUCUAGAACCAAGGAAAUGUUAGAGGAAGCCGACCGACAAGCGUUGUUUUUUACUUGUAUCGAUAAUGGUUUGUAUGAUCUAGCUAUGAAGAUGCUAAGAAGUGAUAGAGCAUUAGCUAAGGCUCGUAAUGCAAAACAAGAAACAGCUUUGCAUAUCUUGGCUAGAACGCCUUCAGAAUUCACCAGCCAAAGUCCAGGAAUGUGGAGUAGACUCAUCAACUCAUUUAUCCCAGGUUGGAAGUUCUCAUACAAUGGAAACAUGAAACAAAUCAAUGAAGCCCUUCAACUAGUCAAAUGCCUUUGGACAGAAAUCUUGAGAAAUGAUCAUGACGAUGUGAUGAGACUAAUCAAACAUCCUUCAAAAUUACUGUUUGAUGCUACAAAAUUAGGAAAUUAUGAGUUCCUGGCAGUGCUUAUUAACUCUUAUCCUGAUUUAAUAUGGCAACUUGAUGACGAAAAUCGGAGUAUAAUCCAUGUUGCUGUUUUGCAUCGUCAUGCAAGUAUCUUCAAUUUAGUGCAUGAGAUAGGCUCUAUCAAGGAUAUGAUAGUGACAUUUACUGAUAAUGAUGAGACUAAUAACAUUUUACAUAUGGCUGCAAAAUUAGCACCUCCAAAUCAACUCAACCUUGUAUCAGGAGCAGCUCUUCAAAUGCAGCGAGAGUUGGCAUGGUUUGAGGAAGUAAAAAAGAUUGUACAACCCAACUCCAUAGAGAUGAAAAACAAGAAAGGAAACACACCACGAGAAUUGUUCACAAGUGAGCAUAAAGAGUUGUUACACAAAGGAGAAGCAUGGAUGAAGGACACUGCAAAUUCAUGCAUGAUUGUUGCGGCUCUUAUCGCAACUGUUGUAUUUUCAGCUGCAUUUAGCGUACCUGGUGGUACGUCUGAUAAUACAGGACAACCAAACUUUCUAAAAGAGACUGCUUUCCUAUUCUUUGCCAUAGCAGAUGGAGUAGCACUCGUUUCCUCUUCAACUUCAAUACUGAUGUUCUUGUUCAUCCUCACAUCGCGUUACGCUGAAGGUGAUUUUCUCAAAUCGUUACCGUUGAAGUUGAUGAUAGGACUCGCAUCACUUUUCAUAUCUAUAGCAUCCAUGAUGGUAGCUUUUAGCACAACCUUCUAUUUAGACUGUCAUUAUGGAUUAGGAUGGGUCCCAAAUCUUAUAUUUGUAUUUGCAUUUGUCCCGGUUGCUUUGUUUGCUUUUCUGCAGUUUCCUCUCUUGUCUGAUAUGUUUUCUUCUACAUAUUGUUCAAGUCUGUUAUUUCAGCCAUGGAAACAUAUGAUCGACUAGAAAGUCAAGCAUGUAUAUUGUUAUGCAUAUAUUAGAGAAAUGGAGCUGUUUUAGUUCGGGCACAUUUAUCA